CCUCUUGUGCCUGCCGGCACAGAAUGUACCUUCAGUGUACAUAUGCAUCUAUGUGGGAUCACAGCAACUUUCUCACCACAAUGAAGAACUCUUGCCUUUUUUUACUGAUCGUCAUGAUGAUUGCAGAAGCCCCUGGUAACAACUGCCCAGAGCAUAAGCGGGAAAAACGAGAUCUGUUGUUGCGUUCCAAGAGAAGGUGGGUUCUUUCCACCUUUGAACUGACAGAGGAAGACGAUGGACCAUUCCCAAAAAUAUUCACGACGAUGUUUAAUGAUAAAACCAAACUGGAGAACGACAUACACAAGUUUUCUCUCUCUGGUAACGGUGUGACCGAAGCCCCCAUGGAUGUGUUCUCCAUCAAUGAAACAUCUGGGGUGGUCAUGGUCCGCAAGAAGAUCGACAGAGAGACAUACCCCAUUUUCCAUAUUAAAUUUGAUAUCCUGAACAGAGAAACUGGCAAAAGUAUUGACAAAACUCUGGGCUUUGAUGUCAACAUAAUAGACAUUAAUGACAACCCACCUAGGUUUAAAAGUGAUAUCAUGCGAGCCAAAGUGAGGGAGACCAUACAAGAAGGGUGGCUCCCAGUGUGGCUGGAAGUAGAAGACAAGGAUGAGGCGAACACCAUCAACUCUACUUUCACCAUCAGGAUUUUGUCACAGGAACCCAAAGAACCGGUGCUGAAAUUAGCGAAUACUCCAAAUUCCAAAAAGUCGCAGCUUUCCUUCGAUGGGUGCUUUGACUAUGAUAAAGUGAAGAAGUACAAGGUCAUUGUUGAGGCGAAAGACCAUGGGAAGCCACCCCUCUCCUCCACUGCUGUGAUCCAUCUGGAUAUUAUGGACGGCAACAGUCAUCUUCCCAGAUUCAAAGAGAGAGAGUACAAAGGGCAGGUUAUGGAGAUGGAGACCAACAAGGAGGUUGUGCGUGUGGGAGUUGAAGAUAAAGACACCCCUAAUACCGCCGCCUGGAGGGCCAAGUAUUUCUUCGUCAAAGGGAAUGAAGACAAAAUCUAUGAUAUUACCACUGAUCCGUUAACCAACGAGGGCAUCCUCACGGUGGUCAAGGGCAGGGAUUUUGAAAGGACAACCAACAGCACCCUGCAGAUCGGAGUGGAGAACGAGGAGGAACUGUUUGUUUGUGCGUCUAAGAAGCCCGGAUACAAAAUAGUCACCCCCAAAACGGACAUCAUCAACAUCACCGUGAAGGUCAUCGAUGUCAACGACCCCCCUAAAUUUGUCAAGAAGGUGACGGACGUGUAUCAGAGAGAGGAAGAUGAACCCGGCCAAAAACUGUUCGAACCAAAGAUCAGUGAUGACGAUUCGGACGUAGACAAAAUCCGGUAUACAAUAAUUGAAGACCUCGCAGGCUGGGCCAGCAUCGACCCCAAGACGGGCAUAGUCCAUACAGUUAAGAAGAUGGACCGAGAGUCGCCGUUUGUUGACAAAGCCAACGUUUACAAAAUCGUAGUCGCUGCCAUAGACAACGGGGAGCCCCCGGCCACUGCCAGCAGCACUAUCCUGGUCCACCUGAGGGACAUCAACGACCACCUCCCAGGGCUGGUCAACAACAGCGGGGUGAUGUGCGCUAACAAGGUCAACACGCUGACGGUUUACGCUUUUGAUUCAGACUUACCUCCAUUCAGCGGACCAUUCUCCUUCUCUCUGGGGUCGGAAGACAAGGAACUGAAUAAGAAUUGGAAAAUUGACCCUGCCACUGGGGAGGAAGCGGGGCUGGUAAUGCUGAAGAGCCUGCCCUACGGCAACUACUCUGUCCCGCUGGUCAUCAAGGACCAGCAGGGCGGGGGAGGGGCGGAGGACGUGGUGAUGGCGGUGGUCAUUUGCGACUGCGGCGGAGGGGACACAUGCCGCGGGAAGCUGCCGGCCUCGACCAACGUCGGCCCGUCAGUCAUCGGACUCGCAUGCGGUGCACUGUUACUCUUUCUGCUGCUGCUGCUCCUCUUCACGUGUGAAUGCGGCAACAAGUUCCAGAGCAUCACAAUCUCCCAGAGUGAAGGCAACCAGUCGCUCAUUAUGUACAACGAGGAGGGAGGGGGCUCUGCAUGCAAGAUGGAGCCCACCUUCCACCUCGCCCCUAUCAGCAGCCUGACAAUGAAAGAGGGGCAGAAGCAGGAAAGAGCGCAGAUGUCUCAGAUGUCUCAGAUGUCUCAGAUGUACGAGACAACCACUGAGGAGACAGACUACUACCAGAGCUCAGCACCCAGGAUGGUAAACUCCUUCCGAAGUCUGAGACAGGGGCAGCAGCGUAAUAGAGACCCAAGGGAGUCUCACAGGAGCAAUGGCGGUCAGAGCAUGUCCUCAACUUGGAAUUCCAGGAUGAUGUCCGCCAGGGCCUCCACCCUGCUCUCGGAUCAGCUCAUCGCAGAACACAUAGACACCAAGCUGUAUGAGCUAGGGGAGGUGCCUGGGGACUACCCGAUGUACAGGCCCACUGUGUUCAGCCACGAGGGCCAAGACAGCCGGGCUCAGUCGCUGGACAACCUGUCACUGGACCUGGGGGACGACCUUGAGUUUCUCAGCGAUCUGGGCCCCAAAUUCAAGACCCUGGGAGGCCUCUGUGACAAGAACUUAAAGUAGAAGAACAUACAGCUUUGAUAUGUCUGUCAAAGAAAAUGUGGCCUUUGAUGCAGCUUUUGGAAAACAGGGAUCAUCACUUUGUCACCUUGAAAGGAGAAGCAAAGGAAAAUAGAAUAUUGUGAUGAUAUUGUACUGCACAUUUCUUUGAUUAUACUGUGUGUGUAUAUAUAUAUAUAUAUAUAUAUAUAUAUAUAUAUAUAUAUAUACAGUAUAAUACAAAACAUAUAUAUAUGUUAUAUAUAUAUGUUUUUAUAUAUAUAUAACCCGCUGCUUCCGAGCGGGUUAUGCUUCUUCGGGCACUUAUAGUAUAAAGUCAUGGUGUGUGCUGCAUUUCAUUUACAAAAUCUCACAUUAUAUCCCACAUACACAACAACGUUUCAAAUAAAAUAUAACAAAGUUUGCGUGGGUCGUAACUUCAGGAUAACACCCCCCCUCCCCCCAACUCAGCCCAAAUCUCAUUGUGUCCCAAAUUAGGCUGAAACCGGGGGAUCACUUACACUUUAUCAACGUCCAUGGCCCACAUGCACUUAAGAAGUCUGGAUAGUGGUAUUUAAAAGAAUGUUACAUGUGUUUACUUUGCUUUUCGGAUGGUAUCGGUUAAGCUCUGCAAUGUUUUCUUAUUUUCUUUUUUCAUUAUGCAAAUAUUUUGAUGAUUGGUUUGAUCUUAAAUUCAACUUACUUGUAGGUUUUACAGGUUGUUGUACUGACAUGUUUUUUUCUUUAUGUUUAUGAUAAUGCUCCCUCCAGUAAGUAACUCAAAAAACAUUUAGCUACUUGUAUCAACCUGUACAGACCUUUUGUGUGCGGAAAGAUGUACACUGGGCAUAUCUUGAAAGAACUAGCGUGAUUAAAUUAAGAUUUGCAUAUAAGACUCCCUCAACAUUGCAGUUGAGGGAGAGGUUGGGCUUUGGGGAGUUGUGCUGGCAUGAAAACCAAGUCAAGUGUGAUUUCACAUGGAAAGGUUGGCUAGGCCUAUUUAGUAAUUGCUACACAUGAACCACCUAGUUAGUAGAACCUCUUUGUAGUAGAAGUAAAAGUAGUAGCUUAUGUUAACGUGUCGGUAUAGAUGUGAGUAAGAUCACAAUUAGGUCCUAAUAAUUUAUAGUAUAUGCUACACGUGAACCUCCUAAAGUGGCGCAAUUUGAUUGGUUCGCUUUCUCGGGAUAUUGUAGCCUGGCCAGACCAAGUUUAAUCGUACAUUGCACGUUCGACUUGGGAAGCUGCUGUCAUUUUCUUCAGCAGGAGAGACGUGAUCAAUGGGCCUAGUUCAAAAUACUCUGUCUGUACGCAAUUGGCUGCUUGUCGUCGCUUUCCAGUCGUCUUUGCGCACCAGGGGGAAAAGCCAUCUUGGUGAUAGGCUCCCGCAAAAACGUAUCGAACCUAGAAAAAAAUGUAUUGCUCUUGUCUAGACCCUUCUGCAGGGCAAACUAAAAUCGCUGGCAAAAUGGGCGGGGCUACCCAGUCUACGGAUAUUGGGCAAUAUAUAUAUAGAUAUUGUAUUAAUCUCAAAAUGUCCCGCGUUGUUUGCUAAUAACAAAAAUAAAAAAUCCUGGAAAAAA